AUGUCCUUCGCAAAGCCUGAGAACGCUCUUCAACGAGCGCAGGAACUGCUUGCCGUCUCGCCCAACCAAAGAGAUGAGGCCCUCAAGCAGCUCCGCACUGUCAUCACUUCCAGGCGUCACCGCACCUGGCAGAAGUCCCUCGAGGACCUGAUGGUCCUCUACAUCACACUGUGCGUUCAGCUCAGGAAGGGCAAGGAGGCCAAGGAUGGCCUUCACCAGUAUCGCGGCAUCUGCCAGCAGGUCAAUGUUGCUUCGCUCGGCCACGUGAUCAAGCAUUUCCUUGAGCAGGCCGAACAGCACGCCAAGGAGGCCCAGAGCAAGGCCGAGAAGAUCACCCUCGACAUUGAGGAUCUCGACGCCGAGGAGGCACCCGAGAGCCUUAUGCUCGGCAAGGUGAGCGGAGAGGACACCAAGGACCGCACGGACCGACAGAUCGUCACCCCCUGGCUCAAGUUCCUGUGGGAGACCUACCGUACCGUGCUGGACAUCCUCCGCAACAAUGCCAAGCUCGAGACCCUCUACCACUACACAGCCCAGCAGGCGUUCGACUUCUGCAAGAAGUACAAGCGUAACACCGAAUUCAGGCGCCUGAGCGAGAUCCUGCGCGGUCAUGUCAGCAACCUCUCCAAGAGCACGCAGAUGACCAACGCCGUCUCGCUCACCAGCCCCGAGAGCCUGGCCUUCCACCUGGAGACCCGCUUUUCGCAGCUCAACGUCGCCUGCGAGCUCGAGCUGUGGCAGGAGGCCUUCCGCUCCAUUGAGGACCUCCACGCCCUCAUGUCGAUGGCCAAGAAGCCCCCGAAGCCCCAGCUGCUGGCCAACUACUACGACAAGCUGGCCCGCGUCUUCCUCGUCUCUGAGAACUACACCCUCCACGCCUACGCGUGGUACAAGUACUACACGCUCUCCAAGAACCAGAACAAGGCCCUCUCCGCCGAAGACCUCAAGCAGAUGGCUUCGACCGUGGUGGUGGCCGCUCUGUGCAUUCCCAUGGAGACCGGUGAGGUGAGCGAGGAGCUGGGCGGCGCCGAGCUCGACAGCAGCCACAGGGAGAAGGUCACCCGCCUGGCCAGCCUCCUGGGUCCGGGCACCGCGCCCAGCCGCGAGAACCUCCUCUCGGAGCUCAACAUCCGUGGCAUCACCACCUCGGUGGUCGCCGAGCUCGAGGACAUCUACAACCUCGCCGAGAAGCGCUUCCAGCCGCUCACCUACGUCGAGAACCUCAAGGCCAAGCUCGACUUCAUCGCCGCCCAGCCCGGCCUCAAGCACUACGUCGCGCCCCUGCAGCAGAACAUCUUCAUCAGGCUGCUCCAGCAGAUCGCCCGGGCCUACGGCACCAUCAAGAUCGAGCACGUCGCCCAGCUGGCCUACUUCAUGGACGCCCGCGUGGUGGAGAGGCGCGUGGUCGAGGCCGUGCGCGCCGGCUACGUUCGCGCCAAGAUCGAUCACCAGAACAAGACCCUCAACUUCACGUCCGACCCCGCCGGUCCCGACGCCCUCCGCGGCCAGCUCAGGUCGCUCUCCCGCUCUCUGGCCCAUGUCGCCAACCUCAUCCACCCCACCCGUGAGGCCGAGCGUGCCGAGAAGAAGAAGGAGCUCUUCGCUGCGACGCUGAAGAGCAUCGGCGAGGAGCACACCCGCAUCCUCGAGAGGCGCCGCAUCAUCGAGCGCAGGAAGGAGAUCCGGGAGCAGAUGGCCAACCUGCGCGCGGCUGCCGCUGCCGCUGUGGCCCGCAAGGCCGAGGAGGAGCGUCGUGCCGUGGAGGCCGCCGCGCGCGCCGAGGUGCUCAAGAAGAAGGCCGAGGAGGAGCGCAAGAAGAAGGAGGAGGAGAUGGAGAGGAACCGCAUCAAGCGCGAGCUUGAGAGCCUCAGCAAGAUCGCCAAGGACUCGGUCACCAUCACCGAGGAGCUGCUGCAGAAGGUCGACCAGGAGGAGGUCGACGCCAAGCAGGUGCUCGAGCGGAAGAAGGAGGAGCUCAAGCGCGCCAAGAAGGACGCCGAGACCAAGCUUCUCAAUCUCGCCAAGAAGCUCGACCACAGCGUGCGCGCCAUGCGCGAGGAGGAGCGGCCGCUGCUCGAGCAGUUCUACAACGCCCUCCAGCAGGAGGAGAAGACCGCCUACGAGGUCCAGGUCGCCUCCUACAGGGAGUCCCAGGAGAAGGUCCACGCCAAGGAGGUCGAGGAGAAGCGAAGGCUCAUCCGCAUGAACCCCGACCGCGCCUCCUUCGAGGAGCGCAUCCUCAAGCGCCGCACCGAGGAGUUCAACCGCCUCAAGGCCGCCCAGGACGAGCGCCUCGUCGGCAUCCGCGCGCAGCUUGAGAAGGAGAGGGAGCAGCGCCGGAAGGAGAUGGAGGAGCGAAAGCGCAAGGCCGAGGAGAAGGAGCGCCUGCGCCGCGAGGAGGAGGAGAAGCGCCGGAAGAUCGAGGAGGAGAACAGGCGCCGCGCCGAGGAGGCCGCCGAAGAGGAGCGCAAGCUCGAGGAGGAGCGCCGCGAGCGCGAGGAGGAGCGUCCCGCCCACCGUCGCGAGGAGGACGAGCGCCGCGUCGAAGACGACAGGCGCCGUGACGAGGAGAAGCGUCGCGAUGACGAGGGCGGUGGCUGGCGUCGCCCGGGCGCGGGCGCCCCUGUCCGCCGCGACGACGACCGCAGGCCGCCUGUCAGGCGCGACGACGAGUACCGCCGCGGCGGCGAACCCGGCGCCUACGUGCCCCCCGGCCAGCGCGGUGUUGGCCGCCGUGACGACGACGACCGCAGGCCGCCCGUCAGGCGCGACGAGGAGGAGCGCGGUGGCGGCUGGGGUCGACGCGACGACGACCGCAGGCCGCCCGUCCGCCGUGACGAUGACGAUCGCAGGCCGCCCGCCAGGCGCGACGACGACUGGGGUCCGCGCGGUGGCGCCGGUGGUCCCCCUCGCAGGGACUACGAUGACGACAGGCGCGGUGGUGACGACCGCGGUCCGCGCGGCGGCGAUUACGGCCGCGGCCCUUCGCGCGGUGGUGAGGGUGGACGAGACGAGUGGCGAGGCCGUGGCGAGGAGCGCGGCGGCCCGCGCGGCGGCGACUACGGCCGCGAUCGUGAGGCCGGCGGUGGCGGUGACGCCUGGCGCAGGCCCGGUGCCCGCGACGAGAGAGGCCCGCCCAUGCGUAGGGAAAGUCCCCCCAGCAGGGACGCCAGGCCUCGCGGCAACUAG